CUUCACUUUCUUCUGUCAACAGUUGUGAACUACUAUAUUUUACUUCACUGUCUGUGUUUGUUGCAUAUUUAUACUGUGUACAUUCAAACCCUUUGAUCUAAGAGCUUGGAACCACUGUACAGCUAUCGAUUUCGGAGGCGAAGCUUGUUAGAUUGAGAUCUAAACUCACGUAAGGCGGGGACUGGUAGCGACGAUGAGUAGUGAAAUUGCCGCUCUGGAGGCAGAGAUCAAGGAGUACAGGCUUCAGCUUGAGACUGUGCAAUUAGGUCUCCAAUCUGACCCCAGCAAUGCCGAACUCCUCGAGCUAAAGAAUGAACUCGACCAAGUAAUCGCCCUCUCCCAAUCCGCCAUCGCCGAUAUUGCGCCUCCCUCCGCACCACCAAAAGCCCAGCACAAAGCCUCCCCGGCACCAGCUGUACCCUCCGCACCCGAAAAAUGGAAACGCGAGAACCAUCCCAAGUUCCGCGAUGCAGCGCCAGCGGCGGCGGAGGAGGAGGAGGCGCGCGAGAAGCCGAAUUUCCAGGUCAAUGAUAUGGUGUUGGCGAAGUGGCAUUCGGGAGAUAAGGGGUUCUAUCCUGCGAGGAUCACGAGUAUUACGGGAAGCAGUGUCGAUCCGGUGUACAUCGUCAAGUUCAAGUCCUACGAUACAGUAGAGACGCUGCGGGGUCGGGAUGUGAGAGCGAUUUCCACCGCAGCGAAGCGGAAGGCUGACGGGACACCCAUUUCCUCGUCAGGGGAGAGAAGAGAGAGCGCGAGAGGCGUGAUAAGUGCAGAGGCGGAGAUUGAUAAAGAUGCGCAACUGACGCGGGAGAGGGAGGUGAGUAAAGUUGGGGAUGGACCGGUGAGACCGGAAAGGGCGCCGAAGAAGAUCAAGGCGAAUAAGGAGCUGGAGAAGGGGAAGUCGAAGUGGCAGGAUUGGGCGGCGAAGGGGAUGGGGAAGAAGGGGACGCCGGGGGUGAAGAAGAAAGAGAGUAUGUUUCGCACGCCGGAGGGGGUGCAUGGACGAGUGGGAUUCACGGGGUCGGGACAGACUAUGAGGAAGGAUCUGUCGAGGAGCCGACAUAUUUACCAGACCAACGGUGAUGAAGAGGGGCUGCAGUGAGGUGAAUUGGGGAUAUGAAGUCAGGGGAUCACAGGUCUGUGCCAGUAUUACCCAUUCUCCUGGAGCGGCGGUUGUCGGGCGCAUGUAUGAUGUUCAGGUGGGGCUGCUUCUUCGAUUGUGUAAUAUGAAACUACCACGCCCAUAAAUAAGACCGCGCUCACGCUCUUGCAAUAUUAGGAAAUACCAAAUGUUAGGAAAUACGAAACAAGUACAAAAA